GCACCAUUGCUUCUCUCUGGUUCGAUCGAAAAUGAGACAAUCACAUUAAUGCAGGUUCCGUUUUUCUUCAUCUCUUGUUGCUUUCCUCGUAAGUUUACCUGCCAGUAGUACUWAUGCAAGGCUCUAUMUACGUAUCCAACGAAUAAUGAAAUCUCCGAUCCCCAUCGUUUGGCUGGAAAGAGAAGCUCAUCAAUGAUGUUUUGUCUUGCAUCAACCGGAUUUUGCUGAUUGCUGAAUACCAAUCGUGAUUGAGGAAUUCAAUUCAAGUUCGACUCACUCGAUCGACUGACUUUUGAAAUCUAAAACAACAGAACAAAACAAAAAGGAAAAAAAGCAUUUUCAGGAAGUGCUGAACGGGCUGACUAUUGAAUGGAGUUGUACCGGUAGAUCGAGCAACAAAGAAUUAUCCUGCCUCCGCUGAUUCUUGUGAAGAGCAGMACAACACCCAUCAUCUUCCAAGGCGGUUUCAUUGAACAGGAAGGACGCCAUGCAAUCAACGAAUUAUGAUUUAGUCGACGACUCAUCGGAUGAGUCUAGUGGACCGUGUGACAAAGUAAAAAAUCCGAGUCGCCAAGGAUUUGGAAGGAAUAGAAGAUGGGGUUUCGUGGCAAAAUGGGGAAAGACACUUUAUCUUGCUACAUUUCUACUGGGAGCAUGCCUUCAACUGYCUCUACGAUUCCAACGACGAUGUCAACUCGACCAAUCGAAGAUGUGUUGGUUCGGUAUCACAACAGCUACAAACUGGAUUACACAGGAUGUAGAUCACGGUCGCAGUGACAACACAAAAUCCAUUGCUUUGACCAUUCGCAACGAUGAAAAUACCAACCACGGAACAAGUGACUGGACUCCCAAUGUAAUUUUUGGGAAUUAUUCCAUGCCAAUCACUUUUGGUUUUGCAAGCUCUUCCUGCAAUGCUAUCAACCGCGAUAGCAGAGCCCGUAUUCAACAAAUGUUUGACGUUGCUCUGUUGGAAUGCUACGGCUUUGCCUUUUUUGAGGCGCGCAACACAAUAUCAAAAUUGCUAGCCGAAUCGAUUUCUCUGUCAUCGUCGGCUAAUUGCGGCCUUGAUUUCUACUGUCCUAUGUGCCAUUGGAUACUUUCAAUGGGAUAUUCUCCAUAUAUCAAUCAUCCGAUAAUAGCAGAACAAUCUCAAUACGAAAAUGCUGCGGAGGCAGCUAGAAUCGCUUAUGAGCAGGCACACAAAAAAUUACGCAAUAGGUAUUAUCAAACUCUUUCUCUCAAGGAACUUGGCUUGAUUGAUGCUAUGUAUCUUCGAUUCCGUCCAUCCUUCACAAACCAAACAAUUGGGUUUGAAUCGUACAGUAAAAGGCUGAAAGUCUURCAUGAGACAAUSGUUUUGAAAGAGGGGAAGGGCGACUCKGAUGYCAUGGGCUUUCUCGCCGACUCUAUCAUGAUAUUGCAUUCCGACAACGAUGGCUACCAUUUCUACCAGGACRAUGACCAGCAAACGCCCGAACCGGGGAUUGCAUACGCUAUUUCUUUGCUGGAAGAUUGCUUAGAGGAGUCCCCUGAUCACCCUUUGUGCCAGCACCUAUACAUUCACAUCACCGAGCCAAGCAAAAACAUUCCCGUGCGCAAGGCCGGAGUCGUCGCGGAUCGCCUGGCAAUCGGAUCCCAUGCGACGGAAGCCCAGCAUCUCCAGCACAUGCCAUCCCACACAUACCUGCGGAUCGGCAGAUACCAUGAUGCGGUAGCUUCGAACGUGGUCGCCCACGAGUCGGACGAGGCCUACAUUCGCCAUGGAUUGGUUCCGUAUGGGCCUGCUCACAACACCGCCUUCCUAGUUCACUCAGCGCAACUAAGCGGAGAACGCAAGACCGCCUAUCGGUACGCGGAUUUGCUGCGRGACCACUAUCGAAACGACCYGACCAAACCCGACGGCCCAGGAACCGAAGAGGGAUGGCACAUUUGGAGAACGAUUCGGUUGAGAUUCGGUGAUUAUGCAUCGAUUCUAGACGAUAGCGAUGAUAUUGCUGCCAACGUUAGUGGUAGUCAAGAACAUCUUCUUCGGGCUGGUGAGACAGAGAAACCAGUGUGGCCGUAUGCGAUCGUUCUUGGGCACUAUAGCAAGGGCGUUGCCUCACUAUGGAACAAUGCUUCUGGUGGUAACAGUAUUGAUUCUGAUGAUAGCGAAAGACURUCGCAAGCGAUGCAYCAUUUGCGUUCUCUGCGCGAUGUGAUUCCGAAAGUUGAUCCUUCGUUUCGUGGAAUGGUGGCGGUCGCAAAUCUUACCCUUUCUGCCGGUAUCGAAUACUACCGCCAAAGCCRAACAACAAUAGWGCCAGACACCCAAUCKAUCCUUCAGCUCUUUCGAGAGGCCCGGAUCGAACAGGAAGGUUGGGCCUACACCGAACCACCGUCGUGGUAUACGAGCGUAGCGCUGUGCGAAGGAACUCUGCUGCGCAUUAUGGGGCGAUAUACCGAGUCCAUCGCGGCCUUUCGAAACCAUCUGAAGCUCGUUCCCGAAAACAGAUUCGGUUUGUAUGGCCUGAGAAUAAGCUUGACUGUUGCUGGUGCAAAUGYAAUCGAUAUCCAAGACGCAACGAGCCGUUUCAACACUGCUUCGUACUGGGCCGACGCCGAUAUUCAAAGCAGUCCCCCUAUAGUCUGUCCAGAGAUAGGAGAAUAACCUCUUAAAAAAAUUAAGUCUCAUCG